UGUUACUCGAAAUGUUUUCAAGGUGUAAUAAUAGUAACAACAACAACUUAAACUAAAUUUAAAAAAAAAAAUAGGAAUGCGUUUUUAUUUACGUCGUAUUUUAUUAAUAUUAAGUAUAUUAAUAUUUUUAAUAAUUGGUACAAAAUUAUUAGCUGAUAAAAAUCUUUUAAUAAAUAUUGAUCAUGAUGUAUUGUCAUCAGUUAUAAACAAAUAUCAAGAUGUUAAUAUAAUUGCGCCUGCGUAUGCACCUGGUAUUUAUAUGUCAGGUAUAUAUCCUAAAAAUACAACAUCAUGUUCAUGGAAUUGGGGAUUACCUGAAAUUUUAACUUACUCAUCAUCAAAAUUGAUGAAAAGUCCUGAAAUUGGUGAUAAAAGUCCAUAUAAAAUAUUGCCAUUUAUUAUAAAAGGUAAAAUGACAAAUAAUGAUGAUAAAAAAUUACCUGAAUUAACACUUUGUACACAUGCAACUGCUGAUCAAGUUUAUAAUAUUGUGGAAAUUGUUAAAAGAUGGGAAGGACCAAUUAGUCUUGCUAUUUUUACACCUGGAAUUGAUGCUGGUAUUGCUGUUGAUUUACUUGAACGUGCAUGUCAUUGUGAACCACAAAUGUUUAAGGUAUCUGUUCAUUUAAUAUUCCCAGCUGGUCGUCCACCAGCAUUAUCAUCAAAUUAUUAUUCAAAAAGUGAUUGUGCAGCAUCAGAUAUACAACAACGUUCAACUGAAAGAAAAUUAAAUAAUAUUAUUUAUCCAAUAAAUGUUGCUAGAAAUAUUGCACGUCAACAAUCACAAACAUCACGAGUUCUUGUAUCUGAUAUUGAGCUAUUACCAAGUGAUAAAUUAGCAAGUGGUUUUUUAAAUAUGAUACAUAAUAAACCAAUUAAAUUUGGUUUAAUAUUUGUUGUUGCUGUAUUUGAAAUUGAAAGCACUGAAUUAAUACCAAAUAAUAAAAGUGAAUUAUUAAAAUUAAUAAAUGAUGGAUUAGCUGUUUAUUUUCAUAAAUAUGUAUGUUUACAUUGUCAAAAAUUUCCUGGUUUAACAAGAUGGAUAUUGAGAAAUGAUCCUGGUAAAGUUAGACCAUUAAUUGUAACUAAACGUGAAUUUCCACAUCACAGAUGGGAGCCAAUAUUUAUUGGUACAAAAGAUGAUCCAUUUUACAAUGAAAAUAUGUCCUGGGAAGGUAGACAAGAUAAAAUGGCACAAAUGCUUGAAAUGUGCUUGAUGAAUUAUCGCUUAAUAAUACUUGAUGGUGCAUUUCUUGUUCACUCACCAGGAAUAAAACGUAAAUCAAUCAAAUCAUCGUUACAUGAUUCAACAUAUAAUUUUAUACGUACUCAGGAAAAAUAUAAUUCACGUAUUUAUCAAAUUUUAACGAGAAAAUUGCUCAAAAAAUAUCCAGCUAAUCGAAGAUGUCGACAAUAAUAUAAACACUAUUAAAAUUAUUAUAAUUUUUUUUCAUUUUUUUUAACAUUUUCAAAUGACAAUUUAUAAAAAAAAAAAAUAAUAAGCCAUUCAGAUGAUAAUAAUUAGAAUUAAUUAGAGUAUACAUACAUACUAAUAUAUAUCACCAUGUAUAUUUUUAAAAUUUAAUAUUUAAAUUAUUAAAAAUGUGUUUUUCUUUUUUAAUAUUUUAUCUGAUCAAACAUUAUUGUCAACAGACGCACAUUUAAAUUUUUAAACUAUUAUUAAAUUUAUAAAU